CUCCCGGAGCUCAUCUUUAAUCCUAGAAUCUAGAGUCCGGGUUGAUAGGUGGUCUUCUGGACAGCAUGUGGGUAGUUUUAAGCCACUCGGCGGCGGCUGAAAAAUCCCAGCUUGGUGGCACCGGGCUGGGAUUGAACUCGCGUCCUCCUGAACGCGGUGGUGUUACUGUUACCUGGCAAUCCUCCCAUAAUUGCCACGGCGGCUGCACCACGCACGUGACGUAGCACCAUUGUAAAUUUCCAGCCUCCAGCCAUAGCCUUCAGGUUCCUAUCUUGAAACUAUAUCGACCAUUUAGCGCACACACGCCUUUCUCAGGCUUAUAAUGGCAGACACAAGGGUUAUGAAAAUUACAGAGACCAUAACGGCGCACCCUGACUUCCCCAAACCCGGAAUCCUGUUCAGAGACAUCUUUCCUGUUUUGGGCAAACCAUCAGUGUUCCAGGACCUGAUUGAUUUGAUGCUGGAGCGUUCCCGAGCCAAGUGUCCUGCUAUUGAUUUGGUGGUGGGUUUGGAGGCCCGAGGGUUUCUGUUUGGCACCCUGCUGGCCCUAGCCCUCAAGGUGCCCUUUGUUCCAUUGCGCAAGAAGGGGAAGUUACCAGGGGAGGUGAAACAGGUCUCCUUCACCUUGGAAUAUGGAACAGACAUUAUUGAAGCUCAGUCUGGCAGCAUAAAACCUGGACAGAAUGUGCUAAUAGUGGAUGAUCUCCUUGCCACUGGAGGUACAAUGAAGGCUGCAUGUGACAUGGUGACAUCUAUGGGUGGCAAAGUGGCCCUCUGUCUUGUCUGCAUUGAGCUGAUGGAUUUGAAGGGCAGGGAAAAGGUGAAACAUCCAUGUGAGACCAUUGUGGCAUUUUAGCCAUCUCUUGCUCCUGCUGCACAUCUGUGGUCCUGUGUGAUGGGUCGUAAAAGGACACUACUUUCUGAUGACCUCUUACGACUGCCUUCUAAACCAUUCCACUGAAACAUUCCAACCUAAUCUGCUUCAUCUCCUAUCAGUGUGCCAUAGGGACAGUGAUUAGUGGGCCUUUUUUUUCUCAUUUCUUUUUUUUUUCUUUUUGCCCUAGAGCUGGUUCCUUUACUGUAAAAAGAAAGAAAAAAACCCCUCAAUGCUGGGGAUCAAACCCAGGCCCUUUGAGUAGAAGUCAGAGGAACUUACCAACUGCCAGAGGCCUUUUAGCUCAUCAGUGGCUGGCUCAGUUGGUAAGCUGCCCUGGCUUCUAUUCAGAAGACCUGAGUUUGUUCCCCGGCACUCAGAGAUGUUCACUGGGAUUUUUUCACUGCGUUAUUGCAGUUUGCCUAAUGUACAUAUAAACUAUAUGUGCCGUAGGGAUUGAUUAAAAGCAUCAUCAGCUUCUACAAGUGUGAGCGGGGUCAAUGUCACCCUUCAUGUCCAGAGUGGGAAUGGGGGUGUCAGGUACUGGCUGCAGAGAAGGCCUCUGUAGCAGUAACCUCUUAGCUCUUCAGUGGCUCAUUUGGUGCUGAACAGUUAUUUUUGCAAAUGUAUUUCAGACAUGUUGUACCUGUUGGUCUUAAUAAACCUUUAGGAGAAG